GACCAUGAACCAUGUACCUAAAACUUGCCAACAGACUCUGAACUCUUUACUGACCCAUCACUUUCCCGAGCAUGGCGGCAGACGAGACAUCCAGGUUCGCCCAUCUGCCCUUGAGCACCAGUGGUGCCAUCAAGUGUGCCAUCACGGGCACGGCGCUUCUGAACACACCUUAUCUCAAUAAAGGCACCGCCUUUCCCCCUGAUGAGCGCCGCCAAUUCAACCUUACCGGCCUUCUCCCAGAGAACGUCCAUAGCCUGGAUCAGCAGGUCAAGCGAGCUUGGCGCCAGUACUCGUCUCGUAGCGACGACCUCGCCCGCAACACAUUUCUCACCUCACUCAAGGAGCAAAAUGAGGUUCUGUACUACAAGCUUCUGCUGGAUCACCUAGCAGAUGUGUUCUCUGUAGUGUACACGCCCACCGACGAUAUAUAUUAAUAGAUUUAAACCUAUAACCUCUAAUAGGGCUCUAGAGAUCCUAAUUAACUAAGCUAUUCUCUUCUUUUAGUUUUUAUUAAUAGAUAAUUGUAACAACCAAGGAAGCAGGGCGGCCGCGAAUCGACGACCCCGCGAUCAGGGAGCGCGAUAAGAUAAGAAUCGGGCCCACCUGGCAAAUCACGUGAUGGCUCACUCAGACAUAAAGGGUGAGUCGUCGGGCUCACCAAGGACGCCGCAGUGAGCCAGGGAAUGGCUCACGGGAUAACACACCCUGAUCCUAACAUCAUGGAUCACCAACAACUAACCAGUGAGCCAUCCAACAUGAGCUCACCACCUAACACAACAAGGACAGGAUGGCAGGUAUAUAAGGACGGACAUUCUGGACUUGUAGAUACAUUCUUUCUCACGACAGUGAUCAAUCUAAGUCUUACCUUGU